GGAACGUUACAGUAACGGCGCCUGAUAGGACUCAGGACCAAUCACCAUCCUCUACGAUUGGAGCCAUGGUUUCAGCCCCAACAUUCUAGCAGAGCAUUGGGGGACCCGAGUAAAAUCCCGGGGCAGUGCUCAACAGGGCCGAAGCACAAAACUCUCGUUUGCUCUCCGGCUGUGCUCAUUCUUCGCAAUCCCUCCUCUGCGACUAGCAAUGGCACUCUCGUACUCAUCCUUGCUCUUCACCAUCUUUUUCGCCCUAUUGAAGAUGGUUGCUGCACAGUCUGGUUGUUUCUGGCCCAAUGGAACCGAAAAUCCCAGUCUCGAUGAUUACAAGCCUUGCAGGGGUUCAGGCCUGUCGACGGUAUGCUGCUCCUCAAUCAGGGAUGUGUGUCUGGACAACGGUUUAUGCCGCGCAAACACUGGGUAUAUCUGGAGAGAAACAUGCACAAGUCGUGACUGGGAAACCAGCGCGUGUCAGGACUUGUGUACAUACAACGCUGCGCAGAAAGCCACUGAUCAGAUUGUAACUCCCUGUGAUGGGACGGAGAAUUCAACGGUAUGGUGCUGUGGUGAAAGCGAUUCUUGCUGCGGUCAUAACAGUACAGAACCGAGAUACACGAUUGCGAAGAAAUUCGCGGCGGCUGUCUCUACGACAUCAUCGACAUUGACUUCGAUCGUGGUGAGCACUUCGUCCACGACACCAACCAUAAACUCGGUGAUCGCCGUGGCGACGAAUAAUGCAAAAUCGGACACUGGGCUCUCGACAGGAGCUAAAGUUGGAACUGGUGUGGGCGCAGUUGUGGGAGCCCUGGCACUGAUUGGACUUGGGAUGUUCAUCGCGAGGGCCUUGCAGUGGAGGAAGAAGCUUCGAGCGAAGAGUGAAGAUGGAGCGCCGUCUGGUCCUCCGGCCUCACAUGGUGCGUCUGCUCUUCAUCAAGCGGAAGACACGCCUGUGGUCGAGAUGGAGCAUACGAUGGCCAAGAAGCCGAUCAGUGAGAUAUGCGGAAGGCAGGCUGAUGUCCAGGAGCUGUCGGCUUCGAACGAGAGAUGAGACGUUGGUGGUGAAGCUCCGACAGAGGGCUGCAAGCCAGAAGCCUGUUCAUAAACCUAUAAGGGGUUGCCGCUUUACACCAUCCCGAUCCAAUUACGACAAGUCUCGCUCAGUCUUUUUCUCAGUCUCUCGUAAGACCCCCGCAAGCCUUCGCUUCGACCACAUUGUAGGCACAAGAGUUCAUUACGUAACCUGCGUCAUGACCAACAGUACAUUGCGAUCGACAAAUGCAGCGAUGAAAACUCCUCUCCGGGUUACCUUUGGAGGUGUGGUGUUGUGGAAAUACUUGUUACCUUUCCUUUGGAGGUGAUGAUGA